AUGGAUGGAGCUGAAACGUUGCAGACAUGUAGUGAAAACAUCACAGCUGAGUCUGAACAGAACAUCACUCUGACAUGUCGAGCUAUAAACAGCAACAACAUCACAGUGGUGGAGUGGAGAAGACUUGACCUGGGAGAUGAAUAUGUCCUUGUGUACCGGGAUGAGCAGUUUGAUCCAGAAGAGCAGCAUCCAUCUUUUGUGAACCGGGUGGAUCUGCAGGACAGACAGAUGAAGGAUGGAGACGCGUCUCUGAUUCUGAAGAAUGUGACGAUUAAUGACACUGGAACAUACGAGUGUCGUAUCUUUGUAAGAAAAACACGAUCAUGGAAGUCCAUCAGCAUCAUCAACCUUCAUGUUGAUCCUCCAGACCAUAAAACUAUCACAGCUGAGUCUGGACAGGACGUCACUCUGACAUGUCGAGCUCCAAACAAGAACAUCACAGUCACAGAGUGGAAAAGAGCUGACCUGGGAGAGGAAUACGUCCUUUUGUAUCGGCAAAAGCGCUUUGAUCCCACCAACCAGCAUCCAUCUUUUAAGAACCGGGUGGAUCUGCAGGACAGACAAAUGAAGGAUGGAGACGUGUCUCUGAUUCUGAGGGAUGUGACGAUUAAUGACACUGGAACAUACGAGUGUUGGGUCUACACAAAUCAAAAUAAUGCUCCAGAGAUGCUCAUAUGCAUCAUCACCCUGAGUGUUGUUGAUCCUCCAG